UAUUAUUUUGUCCUCAUGAAUACUACAUUCAAGUUAAUUUACAAAAAUGUAAUAAAUACUUGUGUAUGCCUCAUUAGCCUUAUGCAGCUGUGAAGACUAAAUGAUUUAUGGAGAACACACAAACAUUCAACAACAGAGAUUUUCCUUCAGGAUGCAGUAUGUUGCACAGAGAGAGAUCAACCCCAUCAGAGUUCAGCUGUGUGUCCAUGAAGAGUGACCAGUCUAUGGGCAAGCCAAUAAAAUUUAAGGGAAGACAAACAUCGACUGAUCUAAGUCUUUUGCACAGAGGGAGAUCAAACCCACCAGAGUCCAGCUGUGUGUCCAUGAAGAGCAACCAGUCUAUGGGCAAGCCAAUACAAUUUAAGGAAAGACAAACAUCAACUGAUCUGAGUCUGAGAGAUAGAUCAAACCCAUUGGAGUCCAGCUGUGUGUCCAUGAAGAGCGACCAGCCUAUGGGCAAGCCAAUAAAAUGUAAGGGAAGAGACACAUCAACUAAUCUGAGUCUGUUGCACAGAGACAGAUCAAACCCAUCAGAGGCAAGCUGUGUGUCCAUGAAGAGCGACCAGUCUAUGGGCAAGCCAAUAAAAUUUAAGGGAAGACAAGCAUCAACUGAUCUGAGUCUGUUGCACAGAGACAGAUCAAACCCAUCAGAGGCAAGCUGUGUGUCCAUGAAGAGCGACCAGUGUAUUGGCAAGCCGAUAAAAUGUAAGGGAAGACACACAUCAACUGAUCUGAGCACAUUCAAAUCAAAUCUGAUGAAGAAGUUUCAGUGUCUGCAUGAAGGAACAGCAAAACAGGGAAACCCAACAUUCCUGAAUGAGAUCUACACAGAGCUCUACAUCACAGAGAGUAAAAGUGGAGAGAUCAAUAAACAACAUGAGGUGAGACAGAUUGAGACACAAUCCAGGAGAGCAGCAACAGAGGACACACCAAUCAAAUGCAAUGACAUCUUUAGACCUUUACCUGGACAAGACAAACCCAUCAGAACUGUGCUGACAAAGGGAGUCGCUGGCAUUGGAAAAACAGUCUCUGUGCAGAAGUUUAUUGUGGACUGGAGUGAAGGGAAAGCAAAUCAGGACAUCCAGCUCAUAUUUCCACUUCCUUUCAGAGAGCUCAACUUGAUGAAGGACAAAAAACUCAGUCUUUCAGAUCUACUUCAGGUUUUGUUUCCUGAAACAAGAGAAAUAUCCAGUGAUGCAUAUAAAGUUUUCUUCAUCUUUGAUGGUCUGGAUGAGUGUCGUCUGUCUCUGGAUUUUCAGAGCAAUGUGAGGUUGUGUGAUUUAAGUAAAUCUGCCACAGUGGAUGUGCUACUGACGAACCUCAUUGCGGGAAAUCUGCUGCCCUCUGCUCUCAUCUGGAUCACCUCCAGACCAGCAGCAGCUGAUCUCAUCCCCUCUGAGUGUGUCCAUCGAGUGACAGAGGUACGAGGCUUUAAUGACCCAAAGAAGGAGGAAUACUUCAGAAAGAGAAUCAGUGAUCAGAGUCUGGCCAACAGAAUCAUCUCACACCUGAAGUCAUCAAGGAGCCUCCACAUCAUGUGCCACAUCCCAGUGUUCUGCUGGAUUUCAGCCACUGUUCUAGAGGGAAUGUUGGUGAAAUCAUGGAAAGGAGAGAUCCCUAAGACUGUUACUCAAAUGUACACAUACUUCCCGAUCCUUCAGACAAACAUUAAACAUGAGAAGGACUAUGAGAAGAAAGUGAAAGAUGAAUACAUGAUCCUCAAUCUGGGGAAACUGGCUUUUCAGCAGCUUGUGAAAGGCAACCUGAUAUUCUAUGACGAAGACCUGAGCGAGUGUGGCAUUGAUGUGACAGAAGCAUCUGUAUACUCAGGAUUGUGCACACAGAUCUUCAGAGAGGAAUUUGGCUUGUAUCAGGGGAAGGUCUUCUGCUUUGUUCAUCUGAGCAUUCAGGAACAUCUAGCAGCAUUAUAUGCGCACCUCUCCUUUACAGAAUACAUAAAUGUGUUCGACCAAGCCACAGAACAAAAUACCUUCUCUAAGGUCUUAAACUGGAUGAAAAAUAAUUCAUUAUCUGGCCUACAUCAGACAGCUGUGGCUGAAGCUUUACAGAGUAAGAAUGGACAUCUGGACCUUUUCCUGCGUUUUCUUCUGGGUCUCUCAGUGGAGUCUAAUCAGACUCUCUUACAAGAACUAAUAACACAGACAGGAAGCUGCUCCUACAAUAAAAAGGAAACAGUUGAAUACAUCAAACAGAAGAUCAGGGAGAAUCCCUCUCCAGAGAGAUGUAUCAAUCUGUUCCACUGUCUGAAUGAACUGGGCGAUGAUUCACUAAUGCAGGAGAUCCAGGAUUAUCUGAGAUCUGGAAAAAUAAAUCAAAUCAAACUCUCUUCUUCACAGUGGUCAGCUCUGGUUUUUGUGUUGCUGACAUCAGAGCAGAAGAUGGAAAAGUUUGAUCUAAAAAAUUUUAUGGGAGCACAAAAUACAGCAGAUGAAGUUCUUCAGAAACUGCUGCCUGUGAUUCAAGAAUCCAGAUCAGCUCAAUUGUGUAAGUGUGGUGUCACAGAUAAAGGUUGUGCUGUACUGGCUACAGCUCUAAGCUCAAACCCCUCACACCUGAGAGAUCUGAAUCUGUCUGGAAAUAAGCUACAAGAUGCAGGAGUGAAGCUGAUCUCAGAUGGACUGAUGGAUCCUCACUGUAACCUGGAAACACUGCAGUUGAGUGAUUGUGGUGUCACAGAUGAAGGUUGUGCUGCUCUGGCUUCAGCUCUAAGAUCAAACCCCUCACACUUGAGCUAUUUGGACUUAACUGGAAAUAAACUAAAAGAUCUAGGAAUUAAUCUGAUCUCUUCUGUACUUGAUGACCCUCACUGUAAAAUGAAAACACUGCGGUUGAUUGAUUGUGGUGCCACAGAUAAAGGCUGUGCUGUUCUGGCUUCAGCUCUGAGAUCAAACCCCUCACACCUGAGAGAACUGAAUAUGUCUGGAAAUAAACUAGGACCAUCAGGAGUGAAAUUGCUCUCUAAUGGACUGGAGGACCCUCACUGUAAUCUGGAGAUACUGUGGCUGAUGGAUUGUAGUGUUACAGAUAAAGGUUGUGCUGUUCUGGCUUCAGCUCUGAGAUCAAACCCCUCUCACCUACAAAAACUGGAUCUGACUAGAAAUUUUCUUGGAAAGUCAGACGUGAAGUUGCUCUCUGCUCUCUGCUCUGAUCCGGAUUACGAACUGAAGACACUUCUGUUUUAGUCUGACCUUCUCUGGAUUGGUUGACAGUGAAUAAAGAGCCACUAAAAAAC